UAACUGAAAAACUUGUAUUCUAUUUAUUCUAUCAAUAUCAAUCUCUCCAUUUCGGACCUUCCUAGAAACCAAAAUAAACCAGGGGCGCAUUAGCGCACACCAAAAUCUCAAAAAAUGAAACUACUCUUAAAUCCCGAUCGCAUAUAUCCGUUAAACUCGCCGGUGCCGGCGAAAUUUCCUACCGUUAGAACGACAAAAUCUCAAUUUCUUCAAUUAAUUUCAGUGAAAAACUACUGUCGGAUGAGAUGCAGGUUGACAAUCAAUGCCACAACGAUUGAUUCAAUGAAAAUGGAAAAAUUAGGGUUUCCUGAUGAAGAUAACGGUCGAAAUCCUGCGUUGUCAACGACGUAUCGUAGUUCGGAACUUCCGAGGCCAAAUCAAACAGUGCUAGAAGCUCAAGGCAGAGUUUGUACUGGUCCUACUCAGACGAAGCCUCUUACUCAAGAACAAGCUUUUAAGGUCUUGGAUAUUAUAUUGAAAUCAGCCAAGGGGGAGCUUAAAGAUGAUGAUAAGGUCUCCAGAGCUCAGCUUGGUGCCUUCUUUGCAGGAAUGACUAUCCGGGCGAAUGCCUUUCCUGAAGCUACUCAGUGGAGUGAAGGAGAAAGGCGCGCCAUGAAUGCUUUCUGGCCAGAGCUAGUUCGUAAUCUUCCGCAUGAUGUGUUAUUUAUAGCUGAUCCAGAAGGCUCUAUAAUGGGUUUGGGAAGUUGUGUUGGACCACAAUAUACAGGAAAAGAUGCUGGGGAAAUGAGGCUGGUUGGUGCUCUACGAGAAGUUCUUGCAGGAGGUCAUCUAGGAUACGAGGAAGUUCAAGGCGUUCUAAGAGAUGUUCUACCUUUGGGAUCUGAAGAUACAUCAACAGGGGUGAGCGAGUCAUUGCUUUCAGCAUUUUUGAUAGGUCAACGCAUGAACAGGGAAACAGAUCGGGAGCUUAAAGCGUAUUGUCUUGCAUUUGAUGAUGAAGUUGGUCCUCCUCCAGUUGCUGAUGUGGAUUCCUUGACCCAUUAUGGUGAACCUUAUGAUGGCAAUACACGCUUCUUUAGGAGCACGUUAUUCGUAGCUGCUGUGAGGUCAUGCUAUGGUGAAUCGUGCUUACUUCAUGGUGUAGAUUGGAUGCCACCAAAGGGUGGUGUGACUGAAGAACAGAUGCUGCAAUUCAUGGGGGCAAAUACACGCUUGACAACAUUGCAAGCAAAACUACUUCUUGAGGAUCCGAAUGUGGGCUUUGCAUAUGUUAGCCUACGAGAAGGUCGGCCAUCUCUAUACUCAUUGAUUGGAUUAAGAGAACACAUAAAGAAACGUCCACCGCUGGCAACAUCUGAAAAGGUUCAGCAGUUCGUAAGGGCUCGGGGAAAGGAAGCAAUUGUAGCUGGAUUUUAUCAUGAAGGAUAUGAAGAACCACUAUUAAUGCUUAUGAGGAGAAGAGGCAUCCAUGCUGGUUUAGUUGUCAAGGGUGAAGAAGGGGCGCUUUCUAUGACAACCAGAUUACGGCUAACAAAUGCAUCUAAAGGACUUCCUGUCAACUAUUGUUCAGGAUUUCGCUCAUCAGUCAAUGGAGCUGCAUUGGAAGCUGAUGGAGUGUCACGGGAGACUUUCCGUUUAGAAGUGAAUGCAAAAGACUAUGGUUUUGAUCCCUCUGAUACUCCAAGGACUGAUAGAUCGGUAGCGAAGAACAUAGAGCUUGGUAUAGCAGCACUUAGUGGCGAGAAGGGACCUGCAUAUGAUCGAAUUGUCUUAAAUGCUGGAAUUGCGGAUCACUUGUUAGGCAGUGAUGGUGCAGAAGAUAUUACUGCAGCUCUGGAUAGAGCUAGAGAGGCCAUUGACAGUGGGGAGGCCCUGAAGAGGCUCUUAAAUUAUAUCAAGAUUUCACAUAGAGUGUAGUGAAGAGCUCUCUUGUGUGCUGGUGCUUUAUGUAUAUCAAAUCCAAAUGUGUAAUUAGAUUCUUUGUUUCUGUAAUAGUCUGCCACUUUAGUGUCGUUGAGAUGGUAAUUUUAGGCUCCAUGUUUACCAUCUUUCACAAGAAAGAGCUUGUGAUAGGUGUGUUGAAGUGUCAGAAAUUUUGUUAAUGUAAUUUCAUACAACCUAUUUUCUAAA